CACUUUUUUCUGCUGCUCUGUUUCUCUCUCCUCCUGACUUUUACAGGGGGGGGGGGAAGCCAUUGGCCAUAUUAUAUAGGAACAGUUACCUUCACUAUAUAUACCCUCUCUACAUGCGGACGGACCCAGAAACAGAAAAUGGUGGAUGAUUUCAUGGUGUGUGUCGACAGGAUCAUAGCAACAGCUUGCUUUGAGUCAGUCAAUAAUGGGGGAAGAGGAGCAGAGGGAGACCGUGAGAGACCGUCUGGGAGAAAUGUUGAUGCCAAAACAGCUGAUAGUGUUGUUGUUUCCGUGAAGCAGAACGGUGACGGAGGAGAAGGGUGUUCUUCGAAGAAGAGGAUGAAGGAGAUGGUAGAGUGCAGGAUAUGCCAGGAGGAAGAUGAUACGCAUGAAAUGGAGGCUCCUUGUGCCUGUAAUGGUACUCUCAAGUUUGCUCAUAGGAAGUGCAUUCAGAGGUGGUGCAACAAGAAAGGUGACCUAACUUGCGAAAUCUGCCAGCAGGAUUUUUCUCCAGGUUAUUCUCUUCCGCCAACUAGAAGCGAUGCUGAAGUGAUGGCAAUUGAUAUCAGGCAAGCAUGGAGUUCACACAUGGAACUUCGUGAUUCACGUCUUCUGGUUCUAACUGCAUCAGAAAGUCAGUUACUGCAAUCAGAAUAUGAGGAUUAUGUUGCUGUAAAUUCUGGUAGUCUUGCCUGCCUCCGUGCAGUUGCUCUUAUCUUGCUGAUAAUUUUGCUUGUACGCCAAUUCCUUAUGUUGACAAGAGAUUCUAGCAUGGUCCAGGAGACUUCAACAUUCUAUAAUUUCCAGGUUUUACUUCUUCAAUUUGUUGGCUUUCUUCUACCAUGCUAUGUGAUGGCUCGCACAUGGUACAUACAAAGCCGAAGGAGAAGACAGAGUUAAAGGUCUGCCAACAUAAUAUCCUGCAUAUUACUCCAACAAGGACAGCCUUCUUCUUCAAUGGACUCAUUCAAGUUCUCUUGUAUAUGACAUGACAUUUUCUCAAAGAUUUCAUUUUCUAUCAAAUAGGUGCCACAAUCUGCAAAAUGAUGGCUGAAAUCCAUGUUUCCCACUUGCCAUGAACAAACUCGGAAGAGAAUUGUAAAUGUAAUUGUGAGUGUAUUGGGUUCCGAUGUUCAAUUCAGUGAUCAUUUCAUGCCCCUCGAAUCUUGGAAAAUCAAGAAAAUACAGAUAG